AUGAGUUCGGAUCUAGUAAAACUGGCAUUGCGCAUGGGGCUAGAAGGAGCUGAGCUCAAGGCUUGGGUAGAAGAACGGGAGGCUCAAGCUCGAGACGAUAGGGCGGCAGAACGCGAAGUAAUUAAGGAGAAGAUGGAGCAGAUGGAGCUCGAGCGGAAACUUGAAGCUGAAGCUCAGAAGACUUUACAGCUGCGUCUGCAACUUGCUCAGGCUCAAGGCGUUAGAGAGUCAGUGGUAGCUGACGAAGGCCGACAGGUUCGAGCAUCGUCUAACGUCAAUCCUCACAAUUUUAUGCCAGGGUUCAAUGAGAACCGGGAUGACUUAGACGCGUACCUCAAGAGAUUUGAGAAUAUUGCUACCGGUCAAGAUUGGCCAAAAGACAAGUGGGCCACGGCCCUAAGUUUGUGUUUGAGUGGAGAAGCGCUCAAGGUCUUUGGUCGUCUGGCUCCAGAAGAGGCACUCGAUUACGACAAAACCAAGUUGGCGCUCUUGCAAAGAUUUCGGUUCACCGCAGAGGGCUACCGUGAAAAAUUCCGGCACAGCAAACCACAAGAUGGUGAAACGGGAGUGCAGUACGCCGCGAGGCUAACAAGUUUCUUUGACAGAUGGGUCGAGAUGUCGAAGACGGAAAAAGAGUACUCAGCCGUUCGGAACCUCGUAGUAGCGGAACAGUUUAUCAAUAGCUGUCAUGAUAAAGUGGCACUAUUUCUGCGAGAGAAAAACUGCCGCAAGCUGGAAGAGAUGGCGGAAGCCGCCGACAAUUUCCUGGAAGCGCAGCGACAGACAAACUUGCAGAUUUUCCGGGAAAAAGCGGAGAAUACCAGUCGUCCUUACGCUUCGGGCCUGGCGUGGGUGAAACGUCGCCAGGACGUUUCCGCCAGGCAAGUCCAGCAUCUACGACAGCGAGCGCCGGCCAGCGUUCGAGAUGGGCAGGGCAAACGCCUUGCGGGCUCCAGGUCAACGACCUCCGCAGUGAGCCGCGUUCUUGGCCGCGGCUGUCAUCGGACCUACCGGGCUACCCAAGCGUCGGCCGUCCCUUCCCAGCGUUGA